AUGGCGGCGGCGGCCCGCUGGCUGCUGUGCCUGUGCCUGGGCUGGGGCUGCCUAUGCCUGGCAUUGGGGGACGCGCUGAGGGCCGGCUGGGUCGGGCUGCGGCGGCGGGCGGCCCCGGCAGGGACGCGGGGCGGCCGGGGCAGAGCCUCGGCAGGUGACUACGGGCUGAGGCAACGGCCGGAACAAGAGGAGCGGCGGCGAGCGGAGCGGCAGCAGCCGGGGGACAGGGUUUCGGAGCACAUGCUGCGGCUCUACGACCAGUACAGCGGCGGGCGACGAGCGAUGGCGCGGCCACAAGACCUUCCGGGGCUGCCCGCGCUGCACCCCCGCCGGGGCAACACGGUGCGAGGCUUCCGACCGCUGGCAGCAGGUGAUCCUGAAAGCCAGGAGAUGUACUUUUUUAACUUAACAUCACUCACUGAGUCUGAAAACAUCUUGGCAGCUUCAGUUUAUUACUACAUUGGUGACUUCCUGCCUGCCAAAUGGAACUGUUCCCAGUCUGGAGGCCGCUCUCAGCAUGGGCACAGGAAAACUGAAGUUCAGAUGCAUCUUUCAGUUUGGACCUUUCCUUCUGCUGGGAACCAGACUCAAAGCCUGGGACAUUUCCUCAUAAAUGUCUCCACUGCUUCCCAGGGUGUCCUUUCCUGGCAGUGGAAGGAUAUCACUCAGCUUCUGCAUGAAGCAAAACAAAACAAUGAACUCCUGAUCAGUGUCAAAAUGGAUCUGACCAGUAGUCACCCCUGGAAAAGAGCACCUUCUCACUAUGAACCCUACAUUCUGAUUUAUGCCAAUGAUUCUGCUAUUUCAGAGCCAGAGAGUGUUGUUUCUGGCUUGCAAGGGCACCGUCAUCCUCUGGCAAGGGUCUUUCCCAGGCCAGAAAACCAGGUGAGGAAUAGCCUUGGGAAGCGGCGGCAAAAACGCUCUGCAAACAUCCUGUUGCCGCUGCAGAAUAAUGAGCUCCCAGGAGCUGAGUACCAGUACAGUGAGGAUGAGAGAUGGGAAGAUGGAAAAGCCUACAAAAUCUUUCAGCCACGGUUAGCAGAGAGGGCAAAGAGCAAGAAAAAGCAGAGGAAGAAUCAUCACCAGAAGAGCCAGACUCUCCAGUUCGAUGAGCAAACGCUGAAAAAGGCGAGGAGGAAGCAGUGGAAUGAGCCAAGGUACUGCACCCGGCGCUACCUCAAGGUGGAUUUUGCAGACAUUGGCUGGAGCGAGUGGAUUAUUUCCCCUAAAUCCUUUGAUGCCUAUUACUGCUCAGGGGAAUGCCAGUUCCCCAUUCCAAAGGCCUUGAAGCCAUCCAACCAUGCCACCAUCCAGAGCAUAGUGAGAGCAGUUGGGGUUGUCCCAGGCAUUCCUGAGCCUUGCUGCAUUCCUGACAAAAUGUCUUCUCUUAGUAUCUUAUUCUUUGAUGAAAAUAAAAAUGUGGUUCUUAAGGUGUACCCCAACAUGACAGUGGACUCCUGUGCAUGCAGAUAA